AUCUUGAUGAUUCACGAAACAGGACCCAGGACUCCUAAAGCCAACCCCAAAGAGCUGGGACAAUGCUAUGAUGAAGACAGCAGCUUUGAUGAUGAUCAAGUAGUCAAUAAUGUCCGUAGCUAUUUCCUUAUAAUGGAAAACUUCUUUAUUUGUGCUUGAGAUGUUAAUAAUCUUGAAGGUCCAUUGUUGAUUUGACUGAUACACAGGCAUGGUGGUAAUUAUUGCCUGCGUUGUACUGGUUGGCCUAUUCGCUUUGCAGCACUAUGGUACUCACAAGGUGGCCUUCUUGUUUGCACCCAUUGUAAUCAUCUGGCUCAUCAGUAUUGCAGUCAUCGGCAUGUAUAAUAUCAUUCAUUGGAACCCUAGAGUAUUCCGUGCCCUCUCUCCACAUUACAUUUUCAAGUUCUUUAAAGAGACUGGAAAAGAUGGAUGGAUUUCUCUCGGUGGCAUAAUUCUCUGUAUUACAGGUACUGAAGCUAUGUUUGCAGAUCUUGGCCACUUCACUACUACAUCCAUAAGGGUAUGUGAAGCUGAUCUUUAUGGUAUUGGAGGGUUAUGGCUUCAUUUAUAUCUAUGGGGCGCACUCCAAUGGUACAGGUUCCACCAUAAGCUUCUGGUGGUACUGGGCAAAUGUGGUGGUCUACGUGAUGUAUUCACAUGAUCCAACUUGUCUAUCGGAUGCGUCACCUCAG